UUGAUAUUGAUUAAUGUUUCCUGUUUUUUCAUUUGGGGUUUUGUGGGAAUGCUGGUUAUGGUGUUUUGAGAUGCCGUUGAUUGGUUCCUUGAGGAACUGAAUUACAUCGAGUUGCGGAAGCUCGAUUUCGUUUGUUGUGGUUAUGUUUGUGAAUCAGUUGGCAUGCUUGCGCGCCUUCGGAUAUAACACAUGUCAGAAGAUGAUUAUUUAGAGUCUAGAUUUGUUUCCUGAUAAGAAUAUUGCCGAUGCAGUUAAACACAGCUGUUCAGUUCAGUUGUGGUUGUUGUGUAGUGUAUCAGAUCAGAUGGUUUGUUUUUUGAGAUGGUUGCACAUGCAGUUGAACGGGCACCUGUUUGAUUCAGUUUGUAUUUGUUGAUAAUUUUGUUUUCAAAAUCAGGCAGCAGGGCGAGGAUAUAAAAUUUGUUUGUUUAGUUUGAUAUUAGCAUUUUGAAAGACAAACAGAAUGGGGGUGUUUUUUGAGAAAAAAUGUGCAAAACCUGCUAGAAGAUGAUAAGAUAGAUAGAGGAGCCAGUUAAGGUGGUUUGAGAAUGUCCAUGUUGAAGUUUACCAGGAAAAGCAAGUGACAAAUUGAUGAUACCGGCCUUUGAUUGACAGUAGCUUUAGGAAAAAUUUAAUGUAUGCGGGUGCUUUGAAGCAUUAGCCGGCAAUGAACAUGUUUGCCCGCUUGGUCGGUUCAUGUUGCUGUGAAUCAGUUUUUGUAUGUGUUUUCUUGAACUGCUGUUGAAGAAGUGUUGUGUUUAACCAGCCUUGUAAAUUAUGCGCUCUUCAUUCUUAAAUGGUCGGAUUAGUUUGAGGCCCUUGUUACAACCUAGGACCCUGUUAUGUCGAUAAUGCGUUAUCUUCUACAGUCAGUAAACCUGCCAUCGAAAAUCAACUCAGUACAUUUUGAGAUGCCUUAGGUUGGUUCCUUGUGAGAAACUGAAUUACACCGAGUUGCCGAAGCUCGAUUUGAUCGGUUGUGGUUAUGUUUGUGUGUCAGAUGGCAUGUCUCUUGAGUUCCUUGUCGCCUUCAAACAACUCAUAUCAGAAGAUGACAAUUAAGUGCUUAGAUAAGUUUCCUGAUAAUAAUAUUGCGGAGUUCAGUUUUUGAUGUGUAGUGUAUCAUCAGAUGGUUUAUUUUUUGAGAUGGUUGCGCUUUGGACACACAUGUCAGAGGCUGAUGUUUAGAGUCUAGAUAUAUUCCUGAUAAGAACACGCAGAUGCAGUAAAACAGAAGCUGUUCGAUAUAGUUGUGUUUGUUGAUCAUUUAGUUCUCAUAAUCAGGCAACAAGAUGAGGAUGCUAACAUUGUUUGUUAGUGAUAUUAGCAUUUGAAAGACAGACAGAAUCAGGGGCAUUUUUCAGAAAAAUCGUAACAAAACCUGUUAGGUGAUGAAAAGAUAGAUAGAUAGAGAAGCCUGUUAAGGUGGUUUAAUAUUUUCGAUGUUGAAGUAUAUCAGGAAGAGUAAGUGAAAAAUUAAUGACACUGGCCUAUGAUUAACCGCAGCCUUAGGAAGAAUUUAAAGUACACAGGUGCUUUGGGAAGCAAUAGCGGCCCAAUUUGUACUGGAUGGGUAUUCUGGGUUCAGUGGGAACUUGAGAUCUGAGCAUGGUAAGUCAGAUUACAGAUGUGCAAUUGUGCAGAAUCUGCGGUUUUGAGUAAGAACACUCGCCAUUGCUUUAAUGAUCUUAUUGCGUUUUACCUGAUCAUGUUGGACAGAGAUACAAAUCGUCCCCGAGGUUUUGGAUUUGUGACUUUUGCUGAUCUACGUGGAAUGGAUGAUGCCAUCAGAGAGAUGCAUGGCAGGGAACUUGGUGAACGUGUUAUAUCAGUCAACAAAGCCCAGCCUAGGAGUGGUGGUGGAGGAGGUGGUGGUCGUGAUGAUUAUGGUGGGGGAUAUUCCUCAGGUGGCAGAGGUGGCAGUUUUGGUGGUGAUAGGGGAGGUCCAGGGGGAUCUGACUGCUUUAAGUGUGGGCGACCAGGGCAUUGGGCUCGAGAAUGUCCUUCAGCUGGUGGAGGAGGUGCAGGUGGAGGAGGUGCAGCACGUUCUAGAUUCAGUGGUAGUGGCGGCGGCCGUGGAGAUCGCUUUGGAGGAGAUCGCUAUGGGGAUCGAUACAUGGAUGAUAGGUAUGAUGGUGGACGUUAUGGUGACAGGGAUCGUGUUGAUAGCAGAGACAUCAAGUAUGGAGGGCGUGAUCGUUAUGCUGGUGGGGACAGGUACCCAGCUGCUGGGGGAGAUCGAUUUGGAGGUAGUGAUCGUUAUGGAGCUUCGGAUCGGUACCCUCAGAAUGGCUAUAGCAAAGACAGGGCAUAUGAUAGAGAUGCAGCCCCAAGGACUGGUUUUGGCGCUGCUGGUGCUGGUAGCGAUAGGUAUGGAAGUGGAGGGCCAACACGUUACGAGGGAGGAAGCUACAGGGACAGGGCUGGUCCUUACGAUCGCCCGAGCAGGGGAGCACGACCUUCAUCCUACGAAGACCGCUACUGAGGUAUACUAGUUGCAUGAUUUUGUUUAGGUUAAGACAAGUUAGGAUGUUUGGUCUGUGUGUGUUGGUAUAUGUUAAAAGUUUACUGUAGUCUUUAACUUUCAUUUAGUCGUUUGCCAAUGCACGGACUUCAGAUUUAGAUCGUUACGCUUAUAAGUAAUAUCGAAUAAUCAAAUUAUGGUCAUUAAGUUCUCUCAGGAAAA